CUCAAUUAUGAGUAACAAAUUUUCUCUCCUCAAACUUGGCACCACACCGACAAAUUUGGAUACAGAGAGAGUGAUGGAAGCUAACUGGUACUCCAUACCUCUCAUCAUUAUCUCUCUUCUCCUACUCUUCUUCUUCAAGCUCCUCACAGAAAAACAAGAAAGAUACAAGAAUUUACCACCAAGUCCUCCUGGGCUUCCCAUCAUAGGCCAUCUUCAUCUACUGAAAGGGCCACUGCACCAAACUCUUCAAGCUUGUUCAGACAAGUAUGGCCCAAUCACCCUCCUCCGGUUCGGACCCAGAAAGGUCAUCCUGGUCACCUCGCCUUCUGCCGUCGAAGAAUGUUUCACAAAAAAUGAUAUCAUAUUUGCCAACCGGCCGCCUAGCCUCUCCGGAAAAUACCUCAACUACAACUACACCAGUAUGGGUUCAGCCCCAUAUGGUGACCUUUGGCGCAACCUCAGGUAUUGCUAAUUGCUGGGAGUGAGACUUCAUCAACUACUUUGGAAUGGGCAAUGUCACUACUCCUCAACCAUCCAGAUGCAAUGACAAAAGUUAAAGAAGAGAUUGAUGCUCACGUUGGACAGGAUCGCCUCAUAGAUGAACAAGAUUUACCCAAGCUAGAUUACCUAUCAAAUGUAGUGAAUGAAGCACUUCGAUUAUAUGCACCCGUCCCACUUCUAUUGCCACAUGAAGCAUCUGAGGAUUGUAUAGUGGGGGGUUAUGAUGUCCCACAAGGCACGACGUUAAUGGUAAAUGCAUUGGCCAUUCAUAGAGACCCCAAGCUAUGGGAAAAUCCAACAAAAUUCAUGCCAGAGAGGUUUCAAGCGGAGAGUGUUGGAGAUGGGUAUAGGCUGAUUCCAUUUGGCAGUGGAAGACGUGGUUGUCCCGGGGCUAGCCUAGCCAAAAGGAUGGUUGGGCUAGCACUAGGAGCCUUGAUUCAGUCAUUUGAAUGGAAGACAGUUAAUGAAGAGCAGGUGGAUAUGACUGAAAGUCCUGGCAUCACCAUGCCAAAGUUGAAGCCCUUGGAGGCCAUUUGUAAGCCGCGUCUAUCCAUGCGCAAACAUUGUCUUGUAUGAUGCCUUUUCAUUCUGUUCUGCUAUAGACAUAAAAAGAUUAAAGCACAAGAAAUUACAACCUAGUUGGGAUUGUGGAGUGAUAGCUAUGAUACUUUUUGCACUUUCUUCCUUUAUUGAUAUAAGUUGAUGUUUGUAUUUGCUUGCUUUUCAUCAAUAUAAAGUUUCCCUUCUUCUUUG